AGCUCACGUCAUCUUUUCUUACAUCCCAUGCGGGGUAAAAUAGCUGAUGACGCCAACACUGUUCCGUCAUAGACGUGCGAUCGAUAUAAAGUCAGAGCAUCAUUGACCGUUUCUCAUCAUUGAUAAGGACGUUGGAGUGGCUUGAUAUUGUCAUUUCUUCUUCUAUAGAGUUCGUUGAUUGAUCUAUUCAUUAUGAGGUCUCUUUUGGCUCUUACUUUGGCUACGGCCACUUCAGCCUUCGUGAUUCCCGAGGGCUUGGACGCUUUCAAUAACUGGAAGGAUGAUCUUAAGCAAACGCUCGAAGAUAUUCCUACGCGUCUCCGCAAGCAUCUUGAUGAAGCGACCGAGCAGCUCUCCACUGAGUUCACAGCCGCAAUUCACAACAGACUCCAGGAUGAAGAGGUUUUCCUUCCCGCUGAUAAUGUAGAAGACGACGAGUCUGCGGAUAUCUUUGGCCGAACGGGCGGUGACUUUACCGAUCAUACGACUUACGAACUCAUCGCCAAGAGCAACCACACCAAGAAGUUCUUCAAGCUUGUACAGAAGCAUGAGAAAUUCGGCAAGUUGUUGAACAGCACUGAUGCGAACUACACGCUUUUUGUCCCGACUGAUGAGGCGUUUGAGCAUAUUCCUCAUCAUCAUAAGGAUAAGCCUAGUGAUGAAUUCGUCGAGGCUGUUCUUAACUACCAUCUUGGUAUUGGCGAGUAUCCUGCGUCACGAAUCCUCUUCACACAUACUAUUCCCACUACACUGAAGGAGCCUUGGCUUGGCGAUAAGCCUCAGCGUCUUCGUACCAGCGUCGGAUUCUCUGGUGUGAGGCUUAAUCUGUACAGCAAGGUCAUCGCCGUCAACUUCAAAACCAAGAAUGGCAUCAUCCACGCCGUCAACAGAAUCCUCGUCCCUCCUCCCUUCAUCGGAAAAGAAAUCAGCCUCUUCCCCGCCCAAUUCUCAACCCUCCUGCUCGCCUUCGAAAAGACCGAUUUCGUCAAGUACAUCCACAACGUCCCCAUGGUCGGCAGCACCGUCUUCGCUCCCUCCAACGACGCAUGGCGCCGUUUGGGUCCCCGCGCAAACGCCUUCCUCUUCAACACCGAGACCGGCAAGAAGUAUCUCAAGGCUCUUCUGAAGUACCAGAUCGUUCCCAACAUUACUCUCUACAGUGAUGAGGUUUACUAUGGCGACGAGAAGAUGUCGAAGAAGCUUUUUGGCCACGGUGGUGACUUCCAUAUUGAGCUUCCGACUCUUCUUGAGAGGAGCGUUGGUGUUGAUGUUCAUACUUUCAAGAGUUGGACUACUAUUGUCUUGAAUGGACAUAAUGUUAUUGGGUUUAAUGAUGCUGUUGGUAAGAAUGGUGUUAUUCAGGUUCCUAAGACUAUUCCUAUUCCGCCUCACAGGAAGGGCGAGCAUCCUUCCGAGAUGGAAGGUGAGAUUAGUGUUGAGGAGCUGAAGGAGAGAUUGGAGGAGUAUGUCGAGGAGGAGGAUGACGGUGAUUUCGAGAAUGGCGAGUUGUAAGAACUGUUCGUUCUUUGGGGUUUGAAAGGAUGAAAAGUCCAAAGGUAGAUACAAGAGUCGUCAGUAUAGUGUAGGAUAGUGGGGAGGCACCAAGUUAGACUUCCAAGAAACAAUGAUUAGUCUCCCAUCUGAGCUUCAUUUGUGCACGUCAAGAUCAUGACACAACUGUCGAGUCAGUAUUAACAGAAUUUAGCCUCAGACAGCGCGAGACGUAUG